UAGCCCCAGCAGCACAGCUACAGCGAGACGGCCAUGCCGUGCCAACUGCUACAUACGCCAAGGCGACAUGUAUCGACGUACAUAUAUACACACACACCUACAUAGGUACCCAUAACAAGCCCAGCCCAGCAAGCCCCACACCCUCCGCCUCCGCCUCCGCCUCCGCCUCCGUGCCAAAAAGCUGGCUGGCGCCCUCCCAGAGCCAGAGGCAGAGCGUGAUGGCCAUAAGGUCUCACAAGAUUUCCGGGCGUCGGAGUGCUUCAAAGACCCAUCUCACACACAAAGACCCAUGUCACUCACCAUGCAGGAUCUAGGCUCGUAGCUAGGUAGACAAGAAGCCAGUAGGCCGUAUGUACCUAGGUAGGGACUACCUACCUACUUCUUGCAUCGCUCGUUCCCUGUCUCGCUACAUGGUAUGGUGGGAUCUCACCGUUGCAGUCUUCACUUCGUUCACAUCUUACUCACAUAUUCACACACACACACACAAAGGCAAGCCAGAACCCAGACAGAUGGCAACAACGAAGAAGAAGAAGAAGAAUAGUAGUAGUAGUACAUUCGGCAUACCGAAAAAAAAGAAAAGCAAAAAACAAAAGAAAAGUUUAAGAAGAGAAAGUAGAGUUAGAAAGAAGGCCCCUAAAGUGAGAGAGCCGGACCAGCUAGGCCAGCAAGCGACAAACCAAAAAGUGACAAACUCGACCGCUGAUUUUUCGCUUUGCUCCAGAACCGCCAACGAUAUCCUCCCACAGACAGCGCUAGCGGCAGCAGCAGCAACAACAACAACAACAGCCGUCGAAGAUGCAAGCCACUCAACUCGCUCGCUUGCUCGCUGCUGCUAGCCACGACUCCCCGCAAGGGUCUCAGUCAUACAAAAACAACAACAACAACAACAACAACAACAACAACAGCGACGU